CGAUAUGAAACCCGAGACGAAAGGAACGAAACCAACGGCAGAGCCCGCUUCUAUUUUGGAGAUCCUAACCUUAAUGUGCCGAAAAGCUUAUUCUCCAAAUCGGAUAAUAUAUUGAAUCAAUACUUUGUGAAGUAUGCGUGGGGCUGGAACCUCAUCCUGAUAGUACCAUAUGUAGUUCUGACAAGCUUCAUUUACUGUUGCGGGCAUCAGGAGAAGAUCAUCAAGCAUCAUGUCUCGAGAAUAUGCAUUGCAACAUUCUUCUGGUGGGCCUGGACAAACUUUUUCAAUUAUAUUGAAACUGUGUUUGGGAAAUGUUUUGAUGGAAAAUUUGACAGCAAGCAAAGCUGCUUGAAAGCUGGCAAUGUGUGGCAUGGCUUUGAUAUAUCAGGCCAUUCAUUUAUCUUGGUCUAUGGUAGCUUAAUGUUGAUAGAAGAAGCAAGAAGCAUGGUCAAUUGGGACAGUAUAAAGGAUUAUAUGAGAUUAGAAGGACAUUAUCGUGUAACAAAUGAUACAUCACCUAGCACAAACCCAUUGAAAAACCUGACAAAAGAAGAAUUUGCUGUUCUACAAUUGAAUUAUGAGAAAUACACACCAUAUAUUCGAGGAUUAUUCAUUUCAAUCACUUUACUUAACAUUUUAUGGGACUUCAUGUUGUUUUGGACAAUAUGCUAUUACCAUGUGAUGUUGGAGAAGUUGCUUGGAGGAUUAUUUGCUGUACUCACAUGGUUUAUAACAUACAAGCUAUGGUACCCUUCCAAUUAUUUGCCAAAGUUGCCUGGGAAUGGUGUCUUUAAAUACAUCAAACCUAAACCUGUGCAGAACACGCCCAUCAAUUUGAAAAGAAGGACGGGCGGCAAUGGUAACAAACCAAUGUUCAUGGGCAGACCAUUAAAUACUGGCAGGAGUGAAUCUGUCAAUAACUCAGAUGACCAGCAAAGAUAGAAUGCAAACAUCAUAUCAACAUGACCAAAGACACUUGAAUUGAAAGACUAAAUCAAAAAUAGGCACAUGAUAUUUUUACAAUUUAAACAUAUAUUUAAAAAACGUCUGUUGUAUGUUCAGUUUCUGAUUUUAUUUUCUGUUGCAUUUUGUUAAAUAUAUAUAUAAAAAUUAUAAGACUAUAUAAAAUUGUGGAUUCAAUUUGUGAAUGGUGAUUUGUUUAAUUUGGAAUUAUUACUAUGGGGUUGUUGUUCAAUAA